GAUGAUCAUAUUUGUCUGUUGGUAAACUACAAUGGUGAAGAACAAAACAAUGCUGGUGAGGCGUCAUGAACAUUGUGACAAAUGCUACGAUAUCCACUGUCGAGCCCCGGAUCAGAUCUCCGUCUCGUGCAUGGUCAUCAAGUGUCAAAAACAAUGCAGCGCCUUUUUUCAUAAGUGCAAGCAAGAGGAGCAUCAGCUCCUCUGUCCCAACGAGACCGUCCCCUGCCUCAAUGCUCACUAUGGCUGCCCGCUCACCAUGCUGCGCCACAGGCUGGCCAAGCACCUGGAGGUCUGUCCCGCCAGCGUGGUGUGCUGCUCGCAGGAGUGGAUCCGCUGGCCUGUUUCUGAAACUGACCUGACCUUCUGCAGGAAUCUCUCAGAAGACCUUCAACCUGAGCCGCACCUGGAUGUUGCUGUGGCUCUGAAGGACCAAGAGCUGCUGUUUCGAUCCAUAAAAAUGAAGAAUGUUUUUCCUGAGCUGAUGAUGGAGGACCCCCAGAAUGCUAUUUCUGGGGUUAACUGCCCUGCAGAGGAGGCAGCCUGUUCUUCAGAUCAUGGCGAAUUCACAGAAAGAAGCUGCACAAGGAAGGAAGGGGGAGAACUCAGUCAAGAGGAGAGGGCUCUGGCAAAGAGCAGAGACAUAGAGAAUAUUCACAACUUUGGCUCCUGGGAGAAAAUAUUCACAAAGGAGAUGGGAGGAUGCAAGGAAACUGUCAAAAACUUGAACAAGAGCGAAGAAAAAGAAAACAAGGAGCGAGAAUCAUCAAACUGUCAGGGAGAGGCAAGAAACUCACACCUGGACCAGGAGAACACUGCUGUUGCUGCUUCAAGCAGAGAUGGUGCAACUGGCCUCGCGCCAUGGCAAGACGGGGUCCUGGAGAGGUUAGGUAAAGAAGUCAACGCAGCAGAAUAUAAUAUGUAUCUGCAGCACAACGGGGCGAUGCUGAUUACCUUCGGCCAACUUGCAGCUUGCACUCCGAGAGAAAAAGAUUUUGUUUACGGGAACCUGGAGCCCAUCGAGGUCAGAACUGUCCGCUCAUUCAAUGUUCCUACCAGCUAUCGAGCUAAGCGGGCCCACACGAAGGAUCCCAUGCACAAAGGCAAGAGCGUACACAGGAGUGUCGACACUGCAGAUUUAGGAGUGCCGGUCGAGGAGCUUCCGAAGUGCGAAGAGAUUAGCACCACGCUCCUCUGCUCUCUGGAGAAGGAAUUGAAAGGACAUUUGAUCUCAGAGAGUAAGGGGGUGGAAGGUCUUUAUGUGGAUGUCGGAACACAAACAUACAACUUCAGCUCCGCUCCAUUCAAAGCGGAUGCGUCCCUUGCGGAUGUCAUGGUAGACAAACCUCACGGCCUUUAUGUUCACGUCGAAGCAGAAUCUGUCACCAGGAGACACAACAAAACAAACUCAGCCUUCACCUACAUGUGUGGCCAUUUCUUUCGCCGUGAUGAAUACCGCUCUCAUUUCAAGAAUGUGCACUCUGACAUACAAGCCUCUCUCAGCGGCUGGCUACAACAGCGCUGCCCCUUAGCAUACCUCGGCUGCACUUUCGCCCAGACAAGGUUGCAGCCUGCAGGUCACCAGGCCGCAAUUAAAUUCCGCCGAGAUGUCAGUGCCUUCGUCCUCCAGCCGGUGGUCCCCUCGUCCCUCUGCGAAGGCGGGAAAACCUUGAGCCCUCAGAGAAGCGGUGCACGUAAUCUGGAUCCGCUGAGCAGGCUGCCCCUGGAGAUCCUGCAGCAUAUCGCUGGUUACCUUGACAGUUUCACGUUAUCUCAGCUGUCCCAGGUCUCACAGCUGAUGAGAGAGCUUUGCGCCAUGUUGUUGCAGGGGAGAGGGAUGGUCUCCCUCAAGUGGGAGAAGAAGACGUAUUCCCAUGGGGGAAACGUCUGGAGAUGCAGAAAGAAAGUUUGGGAGUUCAGCUCUCUGUUUUCCUCUGUGGACAGAUGGAGCUUCAGCAGCGCUCCCUCCAUGUCAGAUCACCUGAAAACCUGCUCCUUCUACCAGAGGGAGGAACGCACUGAGCCGGUGGUUUUAGCCGGCCUGCGAGAGGUCAGAGGCAAACACGGAGAAGUAAAGCAUCAGAGAUAAUGCUCACAGGCCCUGGAGCUCAGUGGGCGGACGGCAGCACGAGAAAUGCCAAGUGAA